GAAUACUCUUACAGUUCCAGAACCCUCCACUCUCAACAGUAUCUUUUGGUGUCUACAUAGAUUGAGAAAAGAAGCAGGCUAAAGCACUGUUGAUGACAUUUGGAGAUACUGAAGAUGUUCUCUGUGGUUUCUGGCCAUCGUCUCUGGUGGAGUGGGCUUCAGAGGAGACUGUGGCUAAAUCACCUGGUACCAACAGGGCAGCGCUUUCAGCAUGUGCACAUGAGGGUUGGAGACCGUGCUGAGCUCAGCAGAGCCUUCACACAGCAGGAUGUGGCCACCUUCUCAAAGUUGACAGGAGAUGUCAAUCCUUUGCAUUUAAGUGAAGAGUAUGCAAAACACACCAAGUUUGGAAAGACAAUUGUGCAUGGAGUUUUGAUAAGUGGACUUAUUUCUGCUCUCUUGGGUACUAAAAUGCCGGGGCCAGGCUGUGUGUUUCUAUCCCAGGAAAUUAGAUUUCCAGCCCCUUUAUAUAUUGGAGAAGUGGUUUUAGCAUCUGCAGAAGUGAAAAGGCUGAAGCAGUUUGUUGCUGUAGUUGCAGUGUCCUGCUGUGUAACAGAGAGUAAAAAGACAGUUAUGGAAGGUUGGGUUAAGAUUAUGGUCCCAGAAGCUCCUGGUGCUGAAAUGCAUAUUUAAAGCUGUAAGUUCAAACAUCUGUGCUCUUGUUAUGAAAUGUCAUUUGUGGGCUGUUGCUCUUCAUGAAGGAAUGGCUGGAAUACCUGGAUGCCACGUGGGGUAGGGGAACAAGCUGACAGAUUGUUCCAGUGUCUGCUUUCCAGAUUGGCUUUAUGCUCUAUCCAGACUUAAGUAUGUACAAGAUUUCAUCAUCUCUGGAGAUUUGGUUUUUGUUUGUUUGUUUGUUUGUUUGUUUUUUCUAAUUAUAAAACAAUUGAGAGGGGCUGGAGGGAUGGCUUAUCAGUUAAGGUCACUGGCUGCUCUUCCAGAGGAUCUGGGUUUAAUUCCUAGCACUCACAACUGUUUGGGGAUCCAACACCAUCUUCUGGCCUCUACAGAAACUAUAUACACAUAGUGCACAAACAUACAUAUAGGCAAAACAGUGACACAAAUACAGCAAUAAUAAAAUAAAAAUUAAAAAUCUUUUUUAAAAAAAUGAGAAUCUAUCUGCAUGUUUUACUUUCAGAAUUUCAAACGUAGUUAUAUUUGUAUUUGAUAACACCUACCUAUAUCUGUGCUGAGGAAGUUUCUUUAUUGAAUUUAUACCACCACGGGCUUAGUUACUAAUUGCAGUGAUGGAAGUAGGGUCAUCUUUGAACACCUACUCUUUACCGUUAAUACUCUUAACCCUUUCUCCGUGAUUUUUGGAUUAGGGUUAUAAUUCCUUACUAUUUACACCAAGAUGUAUUCUUGUGGUGGAUGUGGUGGCGCACGCCUUUACUCCCCACUUGGGAGGCAGAGGCAGGUGGAGCUCAAGGCUAGCCUGGUGUGCAUAACAAGUUCCAGGACAGCCAGGGCUACAUAAGAGACUGUCUCAA